AUGUCAUCAUCGGCCCACACUCAAAUCAUUGACUCGUAUUUUCUUCCAAGUGAUGUGUGUAUAAUUUCGGGAGCAUCCUCAGGCAUUGGAAAGAAGAUUGCAUUGGAAUUGUCAAAAUUUAAGACCAAUGUGAUAUUACUUGCAAGAACUAAAUCAUUAUUAGAACAAGUAUCUCAAGAGUGUCUUUCAUUGGGUGCAUCCUCAACACUUGUGGUCCCUUGUGACGUGAGUAAUGAAGAGCAAUGCAAAAAUGCCAUUCAAAUCAUUCACUCCAAAUACAAUGGUCGUUUAGAUAAAUUAUUUCUAUGUGCAGGUAUUAGUGGAAGUGUACCAUUUGAACACAUUCAAGACAUGUCCAUCUUUGAACAAAUGUUUAAAACCAAUGUGAUGGGAUAUAUCUAUCUUACUAAAUUCGCAUUACCAUUAUUGAAACAAUCAAAAUCGAAUCCACACAUUUGUGUCAUGAGUAGUAUGAGUGGAAUCAUUCCAAUUCCAAUGAGAACUGCUUAUUGUAUGUCAAAAUUUGCUGUUGAAGGAUUUUUUAGAACUUUGAGAACGGAAUUGAAAAAUACCAAUGAUACGAAACAUAUUUGUAUUACCUUAAUAUGUCCUGGAUGGGUGGAUACUGAGAUUCGAAAACAUCACGUGACUGAACAUCAAACCAAUUAUGAUAAUGGAUCCAAGAUGAUGAGCGUUGAAGAAUGUGUUGAACAAACAUUGAAAGCAGUGAGACAAAAGAAAUCAACUCUACGUUUCAAAACACUCUACAAUUGGUCUCCCAUCAUUUAUGAAUUGUAUCCAAAAUUUAUUGAAGAUUUAACUGUGAAAAAAACUGGAUUUACACAAUUGAUGGAAAACCACUCUCAAACAAGACAAUCCAAAUUGUAA